AUGCGUUCGCGGGCCGUGGGUCUUUUGGCAGGAAGAACCAUCGGAGGAACCAUCGGAGGAACCAUCGGAGGAACCAUCGGAGGAGCCAUCGGAGGAACCAUCGGAGGAGCCAUCGGAGGAACCAUCGGAGGAACCAUCGGAGGAACCAUCGGAGGAGCCAUCGGAGGAACCAUCGGAGGAGCCAUCGGAGGAACCAUCGGAGGAGCCAUCGGAGGAGCCAUCGGAGGAACCAUCGGAGGAGCCAUCGGAGGAACCAUCGGAGGAACCAUCGGAGGAACCAUCGGAGGAGCCAUCGGAGGAACCAUCGGAGGAACCAUCGGAGGAGCCAUCGGAGGAACCAUCGGAGGAGCCAUCGGAGGAACCAUCGGAGGAGCCAUCGGAGGAACCAUCGGAGGAACCAUCGGAGGAACCAUCGGAGGAGCCAUCGGAGGAGCCAUCGGAGGAACCAUCGGAGGAGCCAUCGGAGGAACCAUCGGAGGAACCAUCGGAGGAACCAUCGGAGGAACCAUCGGAGGAACCAUCGGAGGAGCCAUCAGAGGAACCAUCGGAGGAACCAUCGGAGGAACCAUCGGAGGAACCAUCGGAGGAACCAUCGGAGGAGCCAUCGGAGGAGCCAUCGGAGGAACCAUCGGAGGAACCAUCGGAGGAACCAUGUCCAGACACUGCUGCAUUUCUACCCACGACCAAGAGCCUCCUCCCAGACACCGCUCUCUCUCUCUCUCUCCCUCUUUAGUUCCUCUCUCAUCUCGUUCUCGCGCCUCGCUCUCUCGCUUUGCCUUCUCGUCUCACUCUCUCCCGUCUCACUCUCUCGCUUUGCCUUCUUGUCUCGCUCUGUUGUAUCGUUCUCCCGUCUCGCUCGUUUGCUUUCUCGUGUCACUUUCUCGUCUCGCUCUCUCGUCUCGCUUUCUCGUCUCGCUCUCUCGUCUCGCUCUCCCGUCUCGCUCUCUCGUCUCGCUUUCUCGGGGCAUGGUGGGGUGGCGUGCUCGACAGAGGUGCAGCGUGACUGGGGAGGAGAGGAGGGAUUUGGUCGGAUCGUUGAAGGCUUACGGGAAGAAAGGAUCCAAAGCUGAGAUCAAAGAGGGAAGGCAGACAGGAGGAGGAGGGCCAAACUUCUCAUGA